AUGGGUAUGGUCACUUGCCUAGCUUCUAAGUAUGAACGGUCUAAUUUGUGGGCAUAUGAUUCGGCCGCAGACACCUAUGUUUGCAAUGAUCGUUCUCAAUUCGUCACCUUUGCGCCCUAUGAAGGAGACCUUCUAAUCGGUGACACAAAGGCUUCCAUAAAAGGAAAAGGCUUAGUCUAUCUUCGCUUCGAAAACACCACUUUCGACCUCUAUGAAACCCUAUAUGUCCCUCGCUUCCAUUUGAAUAUCCUUUCAGCAAAAAGGGCCAAGAAAGGGGGUGUUUACCACAAUCAAAGGCUUGUUAGGCUUAAGACAAAAAAUGGGACGCCUAUCUGCAAGACUUCGGAUGAAACAGGUAUUACCCUCAUUUUAAGGGCAAAAAAUGAGUCGAUGCAAAAGGGGCGCGGCUCCCCCGGCUCCCCCUCGCUCCAUCUACAAACGGCUUUGAAUAUGACUACAAAGCCUAUUCAACCCAUUAAGGGGGAAUCCGACCCGAAAAACGACACUUGCGAGCCUAAUCCGAAGCCUAAGGACGAGCCUAUGACAUUUGCAUCAUCCUAUGAUCCGGCUAUCCUCAAAGGCUCAGACAGCCUAUGGCACCAGCGUCUAGGUCAUCCUAGCAUCGACGCAAUCAAGCAUUUAGAAGCCUCUACCACAGGGGUGGAGGUAGACCAUUUUUCGGCCGAAAACCCACCUUGCGAGACAUGCCUAGUCUCUAAGGCUCAAAGACAGGUGUCUAGACGUCCUAUGCAUAUUGGAGACCACCCGUUCGAAACAAUGCAUUGGGACCUUAUUCAUUUGGGUCCUGGAAUCAACAAUAUCCACUAUGCAAGCCAUACGUAUUGUCCAGUGACGAAAUACCACCUAUUAGUCACUAUUGCAAGAAAACACCUGAUCCAAUCAUCAUUGCAGCAAAUGAUUGAUUUUGUCCUUACCCAAUUCGGCAUCCGCAUCAAACGCAUCCACCUAGACGGGGACCGCAAUAUCCACCAGGAUAGGUUUCGGACUCAAGGAAUUGAGGUCAAAACCUCACCGCCCUAUCAACCAGAGCAAAACCCUUUUGCAGAAAGGUCUGGUGCAGUCAUUAUCUCUAGGGCUAGGGCUAUGAUCAUUCAGGCAUCCUUACCUAAAUAUUUAUGGCCUGAAGCAGUCCAAGCCGCGGUCUAUGUGCUUAAUCGAACCCCAAAUAAAAAACUAGGGUGGAAGACACCCUACCAGGCCUUAUUUGAAAGCCUAGACCCUAAACCAGGCUAUAUGAAGUCAAAGCCUGAUUUGUCGAAUCUACGGGUCUAUGGCUGCAAAGCCUUUGUGAGGAUCAAUAAUAUCCCUCGUCUCGCAAAGAUGAAGCCUAGAGCAAUGAUAGGCUACCUUGUCGGCUUCAAAGCAUCCAAUAUAUGGAGAAUAUGGGUGCCUAAGGCCCAUAAGGUUCUAAAUGCAAGAGACUGUGUGUUUGAUGAGAAUAGUUUCUAUCAACCAAGUUCGGCAUACGAUGUGAUAGACGACCAAUCAAAAGAAGCUAUUCAGCCUUUAUCAACACCCGAAUUCAACCUAGUCAUUUCCGAGACUAGCAUUAAAGAGCCUCUCGAUGAUCCUUUGACGAUACGGCCUUUACCGGACGAACCAGAACUAUCGUCCGAUGACGACAUUGAAGAACUAUUGUCCAAUAACGAUAUUGAAAAACCUAAAAAUAGGGAGCAUGACUACGAAGACCAAAUCCUCGGCGACCUACCGCCUUCCCCAGACGAAUCAGAAGAAAGAGAAGAAGAAGAAGUGAGGCAAAACCAAUGCGAAAGUGAGGAUAACCUUACUCUAAACGGGACCGAAAACGCACCUUAUUCGGGCAAUUUUAGAGUAAAUGACCCUUCACUUUAUCCUUACCCAGAAGUCGGAAACGCCUCACUUCCCUCUGAACCUUCUUUAUUGUCCCAAAUCACUAUUCCGGCCGAAGACCUUACCCCGGAUGCACGUGUUCCCGACCAAUCACCUGAUUUUAUGGUCUUAAUUGAUAACUCUUCCUAUGACGAGGAAAUGUUGAAUCAAUACGACCACCACAAACGGGACAGAUCUUCCUCGCCUGACUCAUCAAAUAAACGGCACGCCUUCGCUUCCUUUUAUAAUGCCUUUUCUGCGGCUAUAAAAGAUCAGCCUAAAAAGGUGCAUCAGGACGAUCUUCCCCUUCCACCAGAAUCAUGGGAAGAAAUGCUUAAUCAUCCUUAUAAAGCCGAAUUUAUGCAAGCCGCAGACAUCGAAUAUCAGAAACUUGAGAAUAUGAAUGCAUGGACACCCAUGAAGCGAAAGACCAUUGAAGAAGACCAUAAGACAUGCAAAUGCCAAAUUCAAAGCUAG